AUGGCUUUCACCCUUAAAGAAAAACUUAAWGUGCUCAAAGGUGAUCUCAAGAAGUGGAGUAAGGAGGUGUUUGGUAAUCUUGAUCAUCGAAUUGAGAGGUCCCGAUCUAGGUGGUUUAAGGAGGGUGAUGCUAAUACAAGUUAUUUCCACUCUUGUGUUAAAUCUAGAAGUAGAAGAAAUGUUAUUCUUGCUCUGCGGGUGGGGGAUAGAUGGGUGGAAACUGUGAAUGAAAUUCGUACAGAGAUAGUUGGAUACUUCUCUAGGCAUUUCACUGAGGAAGUGUCUAGUAGGCCGACUUUGGAUGGCAUUGAGUUUGCUGAGGUUUCUUUUGUUGAGAAUCAAGUCUUGUCAGCAAGGUUUACAUCCGACGAGAUCGAUGGGGCAGUGGCUAGUUGUGAUG